GGGCAAGCCGCGUGUUAUUGAGAAAUAGACAAGCACCGCAACGGAAUAGACAUCUAUGCGAGAGGGUGUCGAAUGGCGACCACGAUAAUAGGGGAAACUCAUCCUCUGUGCGGCACCCCCCUGGCUAUGUUGGCUGCCCAGUGUAACAAGAUUAACAACCGAAGUCCUCCCCCGUUUCCCGAGAACCCGCUUACUAAAGGCUUCCACCCGUGGAGAAAGUCCGACCUCGGCGCCGUCGCGUCGGGCUCCGUCGCCGUGAUGACGUCGUCCCAGAAACCGGGCGGCUUAUCUUCAGUAUCGACAACGUCGGCAGGUCACUACGCCAACCACCACCGCGUCCACACAACGUCAUCGUCGCCGACAACAACUGGGUACGGCGACAACCAGUUCUACACAUCUACCGGAACUGUUCCGUACGUGCAGACGGAAGCUGCGCAGACGUCGUUGGCGCAUAAGGUACACGGCGACGACGUGUUGAGGGAGGCCAGUCUGGGGACGAUGUACUCCAGGAUGCAUUCUCUGGCCAGUCACCCUUACGAAUCGUGGCCCUUCAACAUCGCCGGUGCGCACGCGGCUACUGCGCAUUCUCUGAAGGCCGCUGACGUCACCGGAAGUGUAAACGGAGCAUCGGCUUGGUGGGACGUCCAUCCGAACUCGGGCAACUGGAUACCGGAUGUGGCUGGAGCGACGGCUGGUGCCGCACUGAGAACGCAGAUCGGGACUACAUACCCGGCGGCGGAAUACACGUUAACGCAUGCGCUGACGUCGAAUCCGGCGAACGCACUAUUUUCGUCGAGUCAGCAGAUCCUACAAGACACGUACAGCACCUACAAGUCGAUGUUGUCCACUCAGACGGAAUUGGGCCCGACCGGGGUCAGUUCUUUCUACGCCCGCUCUGGACUGUCAAACCUCUCUAACUCGAGAGGUCAGCGGCGCUACACCGGAAGGUCCAACUGCGACUGCCCAAACUGCCAGGAAGCAGAUAGACUGGGACCGGCCGGCGAACAUUUACGGAAGCGUAACAUUCACAGCUGUCACAUUCCAGGAUGUGGCAAAGUCUACAACAAAACGUCGCAUCUGAAAGCCCACCUCAGGUGGCACACAGGAGAGCGACCAUUCGUCUGUAACUGGCUGUUCUGUGGUAAACGAUUCACGCGAUCGGACGAACUACAGCGUCAUUUGCGGACGCACACGGGUGAAAAGCGGUUCGCCUGUCCUGUGUGUAACAAACGAUUCAUGCGCAGCGACCAUCUGGCUAAACACGUGAAAACACACAGUGAGGGGAAGGAAGGGGAAGAGGGCAGUGACUCGGAGAAUGCCCAGGAUUCGACCAAUGGGAAUCCUGCUCAUGACUCUGUUAUGACGUCACCAGCGUCUCUACCAAUCAGCGUGGACGUUGAUGGCGGGAAACGUUUGCAAUAGUUGUGUCGCUGCCAUUGUGUUUUAUUUCGAUUGUUUAGUGCUAAGUUGGUUCUUUUUCUCUUUCUUUGUUUUUCGUUUUCUGUGCAACCAACGUUAUCGGUUAAUUAACAAAUUAAAUUUGAAUAUGAUACAAUGACGUGAGCAGUCGAGAUGACAAGACAUUUAAUAUAUACCACUACCUAAUACAAGAAUCAAUACCUAAUAAAAUGCAUGAUGAAAUACACAGUAAAUGCAAAAGGUUUUCACAAGGAACGCAUUUGGUUUAUAAUAUUGAAAAAUAGGCACAAUUUGUUUAAGAGUGCCAGCAUUUUUCCAGUUAAACAACUGUUUGAAUGUAACAACAUUAGGCCGAACAGUAUAAAAUUACUUUAAAUACGUUGAUCUUUCAUCUUGAAAUUUAUCACAUUAAAGUAAAUAGUGAAACUCAUCUCCGAUUUCGUCCGAAGAGCAUAAUGUACAUAUCUUAAUUUCGCCUGGUAUUUUAGACCACCGCUUUUUAUUGGUAAAAACAAAUAGUUGAAAAGACGAAAUCGUAGAAGACAAAUAAAAUUGUUCCUGCUUAAUAUAUUUAAGGACGGUUCAAACUAUGUUGGUUUGUUAAAACAUGUCCCCAACAUUAGCAAAUAAAAUCCACAACAUUCCCUUUUCUUAGUUCUAAUGAUUUCUUGUCAACUUCUUAGUUUGUCUUUGUUCACUCAUUCAUUCAUUCAUUCAUUCAUUAUUCUGUCUCGAAACCACUGUUACUAAGUUACAUCGUCACACAAUUUACCUUUAGUUUGUUUCUAAUGUUAACAUUUAGUUGAUACUUACACCUUCAUUCUACUGUAUUAAACAUAUCUGUUAUUAAAAUUUACAAACAAUUGUAGACAUUAAAAAAUACUUUG